UUUGUGGAUUAUGAACGGUUACGAAAUAAGAGAGUGGCCGACAAUAUACGAAGGUUGCAAGAAUUGGGGAUACAUGAUACUGUUAAGAACAUGCGUAGUUUGUGUGAUCAUUCUGCAUCAACCAAACGUUCAAAAUCAGGCAAGAAGAAUACUUCUUCUGAAGAUUCUGAAUCAGAUUACCUCCUUGAAGAAGAGAAUCAAGGAGAACAUGAUGAUGAUGAUGAAUCUUUAGAAGAGGAGCAGCCACGACCCCUCAGUAUUGAGGUGCUUCUUCUUUCUUGGUGUAGGGGGCUAAGAUUUUUUCCCUGCUAUGUUGCAAGACAGUAAAUUAAUUUAUGCUCCAUCUUACUUUUGUUGCCUUACAAGUUAUUUUUCCCUUCCAUAGUAUUGUAGAUCAGGUAAACAUAAGGCACUCGCUACAAAGCAAAAGAAACAAAAGAGCAACAUGCCUCCGGGAGUAAGGCAAUCCAAGAGGGUGAAGGCAGCUGCACCAGCAGCGGAGAUACCACAUGGAGUCUCCACUAGGUCAGGGAAACAGCAGCAAACUACACAACAACAAGCUGCAAAUGAACAACAGCCUGGUGAAGGAGAUCAAACUCCCCAAAGCCCUUUGGUGGACUGGUCUACUAGGGAUGGAGAGCAUGAAGGAGGAGGUGCUCAUGACGAUGAGAUGGCCCCGGGCAUAGAUGGAGGCAAGUUACUAUGUUAGCAACCAGAUCUGUACACUGAACUACAUCUAUUUCCAUAAUUGUUUACUAACCACCUGGCAACUUUGGUCUAUAGCAUCUACAUCGACACGCCCGAGGAGGCCGAGGAAACCAACCAGGGGAAUACUUUUGGAUAAGAUGACAAGAUCUAUGGGAAGACGAAUGCCUGUGUCUGUUGCAGAAGGGAACAGAAGCCCCAAUGACCCUGUUCAAGCUGCCAAGCUUGCAUCUGAAGCUGGUGUGAUCAUUAACGAUAGAAUUCCUAUUCUCACUCAUUGGAAAGAGUACAAGAAAUAUGAAAACUAUUAUAACAACUUCGUGGGAAAAUUAGCUGUAAGUGCAUACUUACACUCAACGCUGCUUACACUCUAUUGUGCUACACUAUGAACCUGCUACAUGGCCUCAUCUAACUAUGCCUGUGUGAACUCACCUCACUAGGGUCGAUUGGCUAUUAAUGUCAAUGACGAUCCAACAAGGGCAGCUUGCACUGAUGUAAUGAAGUCUGUGGUACGACAGAGGUGUUAUAGGCUCAAGAAGAAAUACUUCAAUGGCGUCCCAGCAAAUGAGAUAAGAACAACUUCUCCUGUGGCUAACAUGACUGAUGAACAGUGGAGAGAACUAGUUGCAAAGUGGAAUGAUCCAAAGAAUAUGCAAAUCUCUGAGACGUACAAAGUAAACAGGCGUAACGUGAAGUACCAUCAGACUACUGGUUCUAGAAACUAUGUUGCCCACUUGCAUGUAUAUCGGCAGAAGAGAAAGGAGGUUGAACCAACCCUAGAAGAUGAUGAUGAACUUGAUGCGGUGGAUGCCUUCAGGACAUGUCAUACAAGCUCCAAAACGGGUCUGACUGAACAGGCACAACAAGCUGUUUCUCAAAUGGAGACUUUGAAGGCAGCACCUGUACCUGAUGGUGAAGAGCCAAUCUCUAGUGCACAAAUUGUUGCCAAAGUGCUCACCGAGGAUAGCUCCAUGUCAAACACAUUCCUGAAGAAUGCUGGUUUACAGUCUAGGUGCUCCUCAAGAUCAGUGUCUUCGACUAAAAGGGAACUUCGGGAACAACUUGAAGCUGAACGACAAGCCAAAGCUGCACUCCAGGAACAAGUUGAUGCCUUGAAGAAGAAAUCUGAAAUUGCAGAUGAAAAUCUCGCUAAGAUCCAAAAGCAGCUCGAUGAAACCACAAAGACAGUAGAAGAGAACAAUAUGCUCCUCCGACGUCUCUUGACCUUGAAUGGUAACUUACCCUAGACUUGUGAACCAGUCCCUUGUCCCAAACUCAUGUUGGUCCGAAAAUUAUGUCAAGUAUUAUGUGGUGGUCUGUGUUGGCUCCUAAGAACUUGUCCGUUCUAUUGCUCUGUGUUGAACUUAUGUCAGUUGUGUUGCUCUAUGUACUUCGGAUCAAUGAUGAUGUGUUGAACUUAUGUCAGUUCUAUUGCUCUAUGUGCCAUGGUCUCUGUACUUUUGU